AUGUUUCUCCCGCAUGCAAAGUACAUACGCAUCACCCAAAGCGACCCGCACGACUCUGCCGAAAAGCUCAUCGUCCAACCUGCGGACGUGGACAACAAUGAUCUCUGCAAGUGCGGGUGCCAUUGUUCCACAUCUCGGUGCAGCUCCUGGCUUUGGCUUGCGAUCACCGCCGCGUUCUCCAUUGUGGCUCUCGCAGCUAUCCUCAAACUCACCCGUCACCCAUCUGAUGCACAAUGUGCGAAACGCCUCUCCACAUAUUCACCCGCCCUCGAAGCAGUAGCUUACCAUUCAGUGGAUUUCAAUGGCUCCUUCCGCUUCCCAUCUGAAUACCGUGGUGCACCGAGCCCUGCAAUCGAUGCUGCAUGGGAUUACAUCACCAUGAGACCGGGAGUACUCCGUAUUGCUCCGGAAGACCUGGACAAACUUGGAAAGCCUGUGACCCCGUCUCUUGUACGCUUCCAGGACGCCGACGGUGGCGGCUACAUGGGCUCUGUUAAGUUUACCCACCAGCUCCACUGUCUUAACACGCUGCGCAUGUACAGCUACCGCGAGUACUAUGACGGCCGCGUUCCCAUGUUUGAUGCCCGCCCGGAGACCGUCCGCACACAUGUCGACCACUGCAUCGAGAUGCUGCGCCAGACGCUCAUGUGCCACGCAGACACCGGCUUGCUCACGUACGACUGGGUCGUGGGGCACAGCACGCAAUACCCCGACUUCAACACGCGACAUGUCUGUCGUGACUUUCCGCGUCUCCUCCGUUGGGUGUACGACCACCAGGCACACAUACCCGAGAGACGUGUCAUGCGUCUCGAGGAUAAUGUGGACUUGGAAGGGGAGCCUUAG